CCAAGCUAUCUAUAGUAUUUCCUUAACAGAGUUAUUGCCAUUACUGCCCAAUCUUAUUCUUUCUAGAAUACCAACAUCAGUUCUGGAAGCGUCCACCUUGGCUAGCAAUUCCAUUAAGUCCUCUACCUUCCAGUCUUGAGGUGUGUUCUAAAAUGUACGUCAAAAAUGUUGUUGCUCCUAUUUUGGACAAUCGCGGAGACCUUGUCAUGAACCAUAAUAAAUAAACUAGGAUAAUCUUCCUUUAAGGUGUUUUUUCCAAGCCAUUUGUCUUCCCAAAAUUUAACACGUUCUCUAAUGUCUGGCUUGAAAUGGAUCUUAUGAAAGACUUCAUUUCCUAGCUUGCUAAUAAAUUCCAAAGCCCAACUCCAUAGGGAGCAUUAGAGGUCUGAGUACUCCAGUUGUCCUUUACCCCAUUUAUUGUUCUGAUCACUUCUUUCCAUAAGUGUGGUUCUUCUGUGCCAUUACCUUAUAAGCCUCUUUAUUAAUAAACUUAUAUUUUGAGCUAGUAGAUCUCUCACUCCCAGCCCUCUUUCACACUUUUCAAGACUUUGUCCCAGUUUAUGAGGUGAAGCUUGUGAGAGCUGUUGUUGCCUUCCCAUAAGAAGUUUCUCCUAAUCUUAUUCAAUUUUUCUAGUACCUUACUAGGGAUAGGAAAUAAAGACAUGAAAUAAGUGGGUAUGCUAUCAAGUGGACAACUGAUAAGGGUGACCUUGUCCACUAAAGAUAGGUAUUGAAGCUGCGAUAAAUUCAUCCUCUUUUCAAACUUUUCUGCAACCCAAUUCCAAAUUUCAGAACUUUUGUUAUUUUCCAUUAGAGGAAGACCCAAAUAUGUGCUAGGAAAAGUCCCAAUAUUGCUCUCCAUAAUUCCAUCCAGUUCAUCAAUGAAUUAAGGCAUUAUUGACCGAGUAAAUAAUGCUUUUCAACAUGUCUAUAUGGAGCCCUUAAAAGGCUACAAAAAAUAGAAAAAUGAGGUGUAAAUAUUGUAUUUGAGACUUCAUCUUUACAAAAUCAUGUGUCCUCAUCACACAAAAUAUGAGACAUCAUAACUGUGCUUCCAGUGUUUUUGACAUCAACGGUGAAACCUCAGAUCCAAUGCAACUGAUUGGAUUUCUCCAUCAUUUUGCUUAAUACCUCCAUGGCUAUAAUAAAUAUAAAAGGGGAAACGGACAAUGGAUUACCUUGUCUGAUCCUUUUUUGAGGAGAGACAAAGCCCACUGGACCUUCAUUUAUUAAGACUGAAUAUUUAACGGUAGAAAUACCGUAUCUUAUCCCUUUUAGCCUAUGUUGCUCGGACUCUUCAAACACGUCAUGGGUGUGUGUCGGAUCCUCCAACAAUAGGGUAAUUUUGAAGGAUCCGACACAGGUGUGGCAACAUUUUUGGAGAGUCCGAGCAACUUAGCUUUUAGCCAUUUCUCACCAGGAAGACCAGAUUUGAUCCUUCAGUCUAGUACCUCCUUUGCAAUGGGAGUUGUACCAAUUAUCUGUCUUUGUUUGAUGAAGGCAUUUUGGUGAGAAGAGACCAGCUUACCAAUACCCUUCUUUAGUCUCUCUGCUAACAUCUUUGCUAGGAUUUUGUUUAUGCUGUCGAUGAGGCUUAUUGGCCUUAAAUCCCUAAGUUUAAUGGCACCCUUCUUUUUGGGAAUCAAGUCAAUAAAAGUAGAGUUACAAGACCUCACCGUAUACGAAUACUGAUGAAAACAGUUUAGUGCAGCCAUGAUCUCAGGUUUGAUGAUGUCCCAGGCUUAUUGAUAGAUGUACUUUGACUUCAGUCUCUAUUUAUUAUACCUUGUACAUUGAUUAUUGUAUUAUUUUGUUGUAGUUGUUGUAUCUUUUUCAGAAUGCUUUGUUAUGCCUUGUUUAGUAUUUUGUAUUGGUUUCUUCACUUUGAUUAUUUUCUUGAGCUGAGGGUUAGCAGAUAAAAACUCUCUACCUCCCAAGGAAGGGUAAAAAAUUUGCUUUGUUAUUGUUGAAGCAACGUGCUAGGAUUUCGUUAAAAAUUGAUUCUGGGCUACUUUGUGAUGAAUCCCUACUUAUUUAUCAAUAUGCCAUUUUGUUUGAACCAUAUAAACUUGUUGGUUAGUAUUGAUGGGGACAUAUAUAUAUAUUAUUCCUCAUAGCGGGUUCUGGCUUGUGUUAUUCCUCUACUUGAUGAAUUAUAUCUGGCAUUUGAGACGUUGAUGAAGUUUAUUUCUUUCCCUUGCUACCUGGUCGUCAUGCAACUCCCAACCAUGGCUAUUGGAAAAGUUCUUAGUGCAAACAAUACGUCCAUUAUCCAAGAUGAAGUGCUCGCUCAUAAACUUGGUCUCAUCCCAAUUAAAGUCGAUCCAAGGUUGUUUGAGUAUAUGUCAGAAAAUGAUGUCCCUAACGAAAAGAAUACAAUUGUUUUCAAACUCAAUGCUCUUUGUAAAAAAGGCAGCCAACGACUUAUAGUCUUGUCCAGUGAGCUGAAGUGGUUACCCAAUAGCAGUGAGUUGAUACUAGCAACAGAAAGUCCAGCAUCAUAUUCGAUUACAAAACAAAAAACUUAUACUUCAUUCAGCAGUAGUCAGGAUACUCUACCAGAAUUCUCGAAUUACCCAAUUGCUCCCAAAGAUGUAGAUAUCAUUAUAGCCAAACAUGGACCUGGUCAGGAAAUUGAGCUAGAAGCUCAUGUUGUUAAAGACAUUGGUAUGACGCAUGCAAAGUGGUCACCUGUGGCUACAGCCAAGUACGGGGUGCUUCCUAAGGUUGUAUUCUUGCGAGAUAUUGAAGAUGAUGAAGCAGAAACAUUUGUGAAGAAGUGUCCGAUUAAGGUGUUUGAUAUGGAAGAUAUUGGUAAAGGUAAAAAGAGGGCAACUGUUGCACGACCAAGGGUUUGCACGCUUAGUAGGGAAUGCAUCAGAGAGGAAGGUUGGGACAAGAAUGUUGCAAUGAGACGUGUAAAUGGCCAUAUCAUAUAGCAAGGCAUUUACUUGGUUGAGUAUUGCAUGCAGAGAUUUUCAAAGUUCUUGUCAUCCUUUAAAUAGAAAGCAUCUGCAUCUUUGUCCCCUUCUUGUAUGAUUAAAUUCAAUUUUUUUGUGUUUCAAUUCUGUUUGGGGUUGUUUAGGCAACUUUGAUGAGAUAACAAUGACAAUAAUAUAUUACUUUAUCCAAGAAAAUGCUUGUAAUAAUAUAUUUACAAAUUUUCUAUA